AGUGGGAGAACUGCUGGGCACCUUAUCUACAAUUAAGGUUUAAGAAAAACCAGAAGACUUAAAAGAGAUAAAGAUUUAUGGGGACUUGGAGCCCAACAUUCAAAAAAGAUCACCCUGGCCACCCAUCAUGGCUGCUGGAGAAGCUACUCCUGAUAAAGCAGAAGGUCCCUUAUUAGAGAUUACCAAACAGGAUUUUCUUCAAGAAGCAAAAACUCUCAUUGCCCAACAUUAUGAGAAAGUAAAUGAGAAUAAAGUUCAAAGUACUUCUAUAAAUGUUUUUAGAAAUAAACAUCAAAAACCAAAAUCUGGAAAAUUCAUACCUUUGGAGAUUAAAAAAAAGGAAACCCUUGAUGGGGUCCAGGAACUUUGGAUGGCACACAAAAAGAUUUGUUUUCCCAAACGUCUGUUCAAGAAGGAACAUUUUGAGGAAACCCCACAACAAACUUCUUUUAAGGAGCCAUGCAUGUUUGGUAUAAAGAGAGAAUUCAAAGACCCAAUGGAUCUAAUUGUGAAAGAGCAAGUUAAACUCGGUAAAAUAGUGACUAAUAUUGAAUCAGUGAGUAAAAAAAUGGAGAGAGAAAAGCAUCAGCACCAUGGGAAGAAGGCCAGAUUGUUGGUUUCACCAUAUGUCAUCCCCAUCAUCAACCUUGACUUGCUCUUAGGACCCAUGACUUCCUCUUCCAUGGGACUUCUGAAAGAACAUGAUAAAACAUUCUAUGAUUGGAGAGGAAUUAUGUCAACAAAAUCUUCCCGGCUGACUCCUGGUGCCAGCUGGCCUAGUUUGUGUGGGCCAUCGUCAGUGUUUCAGGAUUACCGUCCUAAAACCUUACUGAAGAAAGAGCAGAAGCCUAUCCAGCCAGAACCGAGGCCACAGCCCAGGCUAAAAUCUAUUCAAACUAAAAGUGGUAAACUUGACAAUAAAGUUAAAAGAAUUGGACCACACAUAGAAAUCUUCCAAGUGUUCCAGGAAAAAAAUAAAUUCAUAAAUACCAAAAAAAUAGUGAGAAUGAUCAUCAUCAUGCAGGCCUAUGUCAGAGGGUGGCUUGAACGGAGAAGAUACCAGAGAAUAAAGACCAAGGCUUUGUAUCAUGGACCAAAUUUGAGAGCAGUUAUAAACUUGUAUCAUAGACUAAUUCAUCGUGUUAAAUAUCGACACGGUCUUUGGAGGACAAGACAAAUUACAAACUUUGUGGAGCUAGAAGAAUGGAUGGACAGAAAAAAGUUCUAUGAAACAAUGUUUGCUAAGAGAGAAGAUUGGCAAGGAUUAGAAAGAAGUGAGCUCCUUAAGUUCUUUAGCGACUGUGGUCAUUUCCCAACCCAGCAGCAAAUUGAUGAGGUUUGGGACCUGGUCCAUAGAAAAGACCACGACAGAUAUUCUCAACUCCUCAAGAAGCACAAUGCUAUUGAAAUGUUAUUUACACUGUAUCCUCCUCAAGGUGCCCAUGUGCAUAAAAAUGUACGACUUAGGUCAACUUGGCUGAGACCCAUAGUAAAUGGGGAAGAAGGAUAUAAAUAUAUAGUGAAUGGACAUCCAAUACUCAGAAGAGCUAAUAUCCAGAUCGUUGGAAAGUUAGUAUCCAGAUCUAUAAGAGAAAGGAAAAUGAGACAUUUACCAGAAGAAGUAGAAUAAUGUUUCAACACAAUGUUAUUAUCUUAAGAGUUGAACCUAUCGACCCCAAAAGAUACAUUAACAUCAGCCAUGGAUUAAUUAUGUAUCAACAGGAAAAAAUGGCAACCAUCUUUGGAUAUCAAAAGAAGGAUUUCAACAAGUCAGUUUAUAACUUCUAAAUAUCUUUGGAUAAACCAUUCAUUGGGUCAUCUUCACUAAAUGCUAGUGUUUUAUCAUAAUGAAGUUGAAACCACACAGUGUCAAGUGUUCCUUUCAUUGGACUUUAAUUUCUGUUGUCCCAUUACCAAUAAAUGCCAUAAAGAAACUU